GUGUACAGCAGCAUGGAGCACCUGUCUCAGCUGGAGCAGAAACACCCCGGGGUGACGCUCCGAGAACACAAAGUUCCCCGAGAGGACCGAGUGGCCAAGAGAGAGAGUCUGGGCAGCCUGACGCUGCGAGACAAGAGCUGGAGGACCGGCUCCCCGGAGAUGAAGCGUCUGUCCUGCUCCGAGUCGUCCUUCUAUGAGAGCGACUCCAGCCCCCCCUCAGGGGCUCGGAGGCGUUUCUCCGCUCUGAUGGACUCCCACCGCCUGGCCUCGCCUCUGGAGACGGACUCUGAGCUGCCGCCGCCCAGCAGACUCUCUCUGAAGAACAGAGGGGCCUCUCUGGAGGGAGACCUGAGAUCAGCCCUUAAAGACAGCAACGGGGUCACAGCGGCUGUCGAUAAGGUUCUGAGACCUGCUGAUGCUCCGCUGCCUCUCCCAGGCAGUAAUGCUCCUGCUCUGGGUCUCCCGGACCCUCAGGGGCCUCGAGGGGCCGCGACUGACCUGGUGCUGAGGAGGGUCCGACACCACCAGCUCUCUGAGGGAGAGAAAAACAGCUCACGACCGGGAGCUAAAGUCAUCAAAUCUGCUUCUGCUACGGCUCUGUCCGUCAUCAUUCCUGCAGUGGAGCAACACGUCGCCUCCCCCUUAGCGAGCCCCAUGUCUCCUCGCUCCCUCUCCUCAAACCCCUCCUCCCGAGACUCCUCCCCCAGCAGAGAUUACUCCCCCAUGGUGAACGUGCUGCACUCCCCCAUCAUCAUCCACCGCGCGGGGAAGAAGUACGGCUUCACCCUGAGAGCCAUCAGAGUUUACAUGGGAGACAGCGACGUGUUCAGCGUGCAUCACAUGGUCUGGGUAAGAGAGGAGGAGGAGGAGCCAUAA